GAAAUUUUUGAACGAGCCUUUACUAAGAAAUUUAUGAUGAAAAAACAAAAUAAAAGACCAUAUCUCAUUUUCUCCUUCCUUUGCUGAUAUAGAAGAGAGCACACUUUCCAAGUCAUACAAGAUUACUUAAAGAACCAUUCAUAACAAGUCCUGAAAUUCUUUAUAUUGGUAUCUUCCACUCCACUCUCAAAAGUCCUUCUUCUUCCUCAGAGCCAUAAUUUCCUAAGAGAUGGAAGAAAUUCAAGUCAUCUCCACAUGUUUAGUUGGUGCAGCAUCAAAUAAUGAAUCAAUCUCAGACAACAACACCCCAAAAGUUUCUAAAAUUGAUAUGACACCAUGGGAUUUACAGUUCCUCCUUCUUGACACUAUCCAAAAAGGUCUCCUUUUCCACAAACCAAAAGAAAAUAAUACAUCAUUCAUUGAUCACUUGAAAAUAUCUCUUUCUCGCACUUUACACUUUUUUCCUCCGUUAGCUGGCCGUUUUUCAACCGUUAAAAACGACCGCGAUGACACAGUUUCUUUCUUCAUAAACUGUAACAAUGCAGGCGUGGAAUUCACCCAUGCAGUUAGUCCAAAAUUAACUGUUUCUACAAUUCUUGAUUCUAAACACGUACCGAAAAUUGUUCACUCUCUUUUUCCAUUGAACAAUACUCGUAACUUCGAAUGUGUUACUAAGCCUUUAUUUGGUGUUCAAAUAACUGAACUUGUUGAUGGAUAUUUUAUUGGAUGUACUAUGAGUCAUAGCUUAGGUGAUGGUACUUGUUUUUGGCAUUUCUUGAAUACUUGGUCUGAAUUAUCUCGUGGGUACGAAGUUAUUUCCAAAAGUCCAGUUUUAGAACGUUAUUUUCCCGAGAAAAUGGAUGUUCCAAUUCAUCUUCCCUUGAAGCUGGAUGAUGAAAAAUUGUUUGAAAAAUUUGAAGUUCCACCUUUGAUGGAAAGGAUUUUUCAUCUUAGUAAGGAAAGUAUAGGUAGGCUCAAGGGUAAAGCCAAUUCUGAAAUGGAUGUUAAAUCUAUUUCUUCUUUGCAAGCAUACUUGGCUCAUCUGUGGCGCUCUGUUACUCGUUGUCGUAAGCUUGAUGCUGAGCAAGAAGUCGUCCUCAGUGUUAUCGUAGGUGCGAGAUCAAGGCUACAUCCUCCUCUUCCAGAAGGGUACUUUGGGAAUGCAGUUUAUAUCAAGCAAGUAAAGACAAGUGCAGGAGAGCUACUAAAAAAUGGACUAGGAUGGGCUGCAAUGCAAAUGAACAAGGUAGUUAGUUCACAGAACUCUGAAGAAGUGGUGAAAAUGUAUAAAAGUUGGGCUGAAAAUCCAAUUUUAUUUACCAAGGGCUCAGGAUUGUUGGGGAAUACUAACUUGGGGAUUAGUAGUUCUCCAAGGUAUAAUAUUUAUGGUACUGAUUUUGGUUGGGGAAAACCAGUUGCUGUGAGGAGUGGGAUGGCAAAUAAAAGUGAUGGGAAAAUUACUUUAUUUCCUGGUAUAGAAGAAGGGAGUGUAGAUAUUGAAGUCUGCCUUUUGCCAGAGACUUUGCAAGCAAUGGAGAAUGAUAAAGAAUUCAUGGAAGCUGUAACUAAUUAAUGUAACACUCU